AUGGACAACAUCGACGAGGAAUACGACCGGCUUGUCAAACACCUUCAUGACUGCGCGAAGAAGGCUGAGAGUAUUAAAACAACCAAGAGACGCCUGUCUCUUGAAACUCUUGAGCUGAUACGCCAGCGUGGAGCAGCACGAGCCGCAGGGAACCAAGAGCUUACGUCCGAGCUCGCAAGGCUUUGCAGAGAGGCGAUAAAGAAAGACCUUAAAGAGAGAAGAGCAGAAGUGCUGGCUGAAGCAGCAGAGGCGGGAAAAAGCAUCCGCUAUGCCCGCCGAGACUUCGCCAGUCGCAAGACAAGGAUGACAGCUCUCCGGAACCCGAAGGGAACAACCAUUGCAUCGAGAAGGGGAAUGGAGAAAAUCAUCUACGACUUCUACUCUGAUCUCUUCGACAGCCGUGCCCACUUGCCUCCUCACCAUCUGAGGGAAGAUGGACAUGUCAUUCCAGCGGUUCUCCCGUCCGAAAUACGACAUGCUAUCAUGUCGGUGAGAAAUCGUACAGCAGCCGGUCCCGACAGAAUAAAACCAGAACACCUGAAGAACCUUCCGCCAGUACUCAUCAACACCCUGGCGAGGAUCUUCACACGUUACCUGUCGGAAUGCAAGGUCCCUAAACAGUGGAAGACCAGCAAGACCGUGUUGCUGUAUAAAAAGGGAGAUCCACAUGACAUCGGCAACUAUCGCCCAAUCUGCUUACUGUCCGUCAUCUACAAGCUCUUCACAAGAGUGAUCCUUAAUAGGAUUGAAAAGGUCUUGGAUGAAGGACAACCAUGCGAGCAAGCAGGGUUUCGAAAAGGAUUCAGCACGAUCGACCAUAUUCACACUGUUUCGAGACUCAUCGAGGUAUCACGAGAGUACAAGAUGCCGCUCUGUCUCACUUUCAUCGACUUGAAGAAGGCCUUUGACUCAGUUGAGACGGAAGCGGUCGUGGAAGCCUUGGACAACCAAGGCGUUCCCACUCAGUACAUAAAGGUGCUUCGAGAGUUGUACAAGGGGGUUCGACAGGGUGAUACAAUCUCACCCAAAAUAUUCACAGCCACCCUCGAGAACGCAAUGCGAAAGUUGGAAUGGGACGACAUGGGAGUGAAGAUCGAUGGUCGGCAGCUACACCAUUUGCGCUUUGCUGAUGACAUCGUACUGAUAACACCUAGCAUCAGCCAAGCGGAACGAAUGCUGACCGAAUUCGCCGAAACAUGUGGAUGCAUCGGUCUUGAGCUGAAUCUUCAAAAGACGAUGUUCAUGCGGAACGGAUGGAUCUCGGAUGCCCCAUUCACGCUCAACGGAACGAACAUAUCCGAAUGCACCAGCUACGUCUAUCUGGGUCGGGAAUUGAACAUGAUGAACGACCUGGCCCCCGAGCUGGGCAGGAGGAGAAGAGCGGCUUGGGGAGCGUACAAGAGCAUCGAGGACGUAGUGAAGAAGACCAAGAACACCCGGCUCCGUGCUCACCUCUUCAACACCACCGUACUUCCUGCUUUGACCUAUGCCUCAGAAACCUGGGCACUUCGCAAGCAGGAAGAAAACGCGGUGAGCGUCAUUGAACGCGCAAUUGAGAGAGUGAUGCUAGGAGUAUCCCGUUUCAAGCAAGUGAGAGACGGGAUUCGAAGUUCUCUCCUACGUCAGCGAUCGAAGAUCAGAGACGCCGCCGCGUUUGCCAAGGAAAGUAAAAUAAGGUGGGCCGGACACGUGAUGCGCUUUAACGACAACCGUUGGACCAGAGCCGUGAGCGACUGGAUUCCCCGCGAUAUUAAGCGCAAUACAGGAAGACCGCCGACCCGAUGGUCAGAUUUCUUCACGAAGUCCUUCAAAGAAAAUUACGAUGCUCUUCGUGUCCCACGCGAAAGGAGGAACCACUGGGCUACUCUGGCACGCGACCGGGACAAAUGGAAGAAUUACUGGCGCCCGCUCGACCGGUUCGAAGACCAACGGGAGUCAAGGUGA